AUGAGAUCACUCGGGAUAUACAGCCUCGGCGCACUGCUGGGCGCAGGCCUGGCGCGGGCCAAUGCACCGCCCGCCAAGCCGUGCGCCACCGGCGCUUUCUCCGGCGUCCUGCCGCCCGAGGCCACCGUCCUCUCGGCCGUCUCUGUGCCGGCGGGCGGCUCCUACGGCGAGGGCCCGGCCGACAUCGCCUACCCCAUCAACCCGACCAACCUGCCCGAGCUCUGCGCGCUCAUCGUCAACGUCAGCAGCUCGGCCAGCUCGUCCUUCCGCUUCGGCGUCUUCCUGCCGGCCGACUGGAACGAGCGCAUGCUGACGAUCGGCAACGGCGGGUUCGCGGGCGGCAUCAACUGGCUCGAGAUGGGCACGGGCGUCAAGUACGGCCACGCCGUCGUCUCGACCGACACGGGCCACAACUCGACGGCCGGCGACAACGAGUGGGCCCUGCGCGCCGAGGAGAAGCGCAAGGACUUUGGCUACCGCGCCAUCCACGGCUCCGUCGCCAUCGGCAAGAAGAUCGUCGCCGCCUACUACGGCAAGGGCAUCGCCUUCUCGUACUACUCGGGCGGCUCGACCGGCGGCCGCCAGGGCCUCAAGGAGCUCCAGCUGCACGCCGACAGCUUCGACGGCGCGCUGAUCGGCGCCCCGGCCUGGUGGACGAAGCGCCUGCAGCCGUGGACCACGCGGGCCGCCAUCUGGAACCUGCCGGUCGGCAGCCCGAACCACGUGCCCGUCGAGCUCUUCAAGGUCCUCGAGGCCGAGGUCCUGCGCCAGUGCGACGCCGCCGACGGCGUGGCCGACGGCAUCGUCUCGGCGCCCGAGGCCUGCAGCUUCGACUUCUCGGCGCUCGCGUGCAAGGCCUCGGGCACCGAGAACGCCUCGUCGUGCUUCACCGAGGCGCAGAUCGAGACCAUGCGCCACAUCUACGCGCCCUACACCAUCGGCGACGAGCUCGUCUUCCCCGGCGCCGAGCUGUCCUCCGAGUCGCAGAUGCCCUUCCUCUUCGGCGGGUCGGCCCCGUCCUCCUACGGCGACGGCUACAUCCGCAACUUCGUGCUCGACGACCCGGACUGGACGUGGCAGCAGUACAACGACAGCCUCAUCGCGCUGUCCGACGCCAGGGACGCCGGCGGCUGCACGGCCGACGGCUUCGCCGCCAUGAAGCAGUUCGCGCGCGCCGGCGGCAAGCUGGUGCUGUACCACGGGCUCGCGGACGCGCUGAUCCCGCCCGGCUCGGCGCGCGUGCUGCGCGACAAGAUCAGGGCGGCCAUGAGGGCCGCCUGCCAGGAGACGGACAGCUGGUUCCGGUUCUUCCUGGUGCCCGGCAUGCAGCACGUGCAGGGCACGGCGGUGGGCGCGCCCUGGUACUUUGGCGGGUCCGGGCAGGCGGCGGGGCUGACGGCCGGUAAGGGCGGCGCCCCGGGCGACGUCGUGGCCGGGCUCGGGGAGCUGGGGCUGCGGGACGCCAAGCACGACCUGAUGCUGGCGAUGAUGGAGUGGGUGGAGAAGGGCAGGCCCAUCGACGAGAUGGUCGCCACGUCGUGGAACGUGGAGAGGGACGUCACCUCCGGGGUGCUCAGGCAGAGGGUGUUGUGCUCGGAGCCCAAGAAGCAGGUGUUCAUCGGGGGUGACGAGAAGAAGUUGGAGAACUGGAAUGCGAAUGCUGUGGAUGGCAACUCCCUGCACAUCUUGACCUUGGAUGGUCGCAUCGCCGACAUGAUGACGACAACAAACAGUCCUCCCGUGGAUGUGGAUGGAUCAACCAAAGAGGAGAUAGAUGAGACGUCACCAGAGCACAAAACACUCAAGUACUCCCUGCUAGGCCCGUCACUCUUGAAGGCUGGCCAGGAUGCAGUCGAUCAAUCCAAGGUCUCUGAGAUUAUCUACAACGCGUCAAAAGGGUCCAAGUUCUUCAACCGCGAAGAAGUCAAGGACAAGAUCCUCACGCAAAAGAUCGACCAGAUCCUUGCGAAAAAGGCCCGCCUCGAGAAGCUUGACCUCUCCCACGAACUGCGCCAGGCCGACACCCUCAUCGCGCAACUCGAGCUCUCCCGCGACCUGUCCCAGUACAUCGUCCACGUCGACUGCGACGCCUUCUACGCCGCCGUCGAGCUGCUCGACCGCCCCGAGCUCGCCCACGUGCCCUUCGCCGUCGGCGGCGGCGUCCUGACGACGUGCAACUACGUGGCGCGCAAGUACGGCUGCCGCAGCGGCAUGGCCGGCUUCGUCGCCAAGAAGCUGUGCCCGGACCUCGUGAUGCUGAAGCUCAAUUUUGAAAAGUACACGGCCAAGGCGACCGAGGUGCGCGAGGUGCUGGCCGAGUACGACCCGCGCUUCGAGAGCGCGAGCAUCGACGAGGCGUACCUCAACAUCACCGAGUACUGCGCCGAGCGCGCCGUGCGGCCGGCCGACGCCGUGGCGCAGAUGCGGGCCGAGAUCUCCGAGAGGACCAAGAUCACCGUGUCGGCGGGCAUCGCCGCCAACGGCAAGCUGGCCAAGAUCUGCUCCAACAUGAACAAGCCCAACGGCCAGUACGUCCUGCCCAACGACCGCGUGGCCAUCAUGGCGUUCAUGAAGAACCUGCCCUGCCGCAAGGUGAACGGGAUCGGGCGGGUGUUUGAGCGAGAGCUGGCGGCCAUCGGCGUCAAGACCUGCGGGGACAUCUACGACCAUCGGCAGUACCUCAGCAGGCUAUUUGGUGAGAAGGCGUUUGAAUUUCUGAUGCACUGCUACCUCGGCCUGGGCCGGACCAGGAUCCAGCCGGCAGAAGAGUACGAGCGGAAGAGCGUGGGCACCGAGAGCACAUUCGGCGACAUAUCAGACCCCGAAAAGCUGCGGGAGAAGCUGCGCUGGACGGCGGAGGAGCUGGAAAAGGACAUGAAGCGCGCCGAGUGCAAGGGCCGCACGUUGGUGCUCAAAGUGAAGCUGCACACGUACGAGGUCUUUACGAGACAAGUGGUCACUCCAAAGGCCAUCUCCCUGGCCGACGACCUCUACAACUACUCGCUGCCGAUCCUGGCGAAGCUGGAGCAGGAGAUGCCCGGCAUGAAGCUGCGGCUGAUGGGACUGCGCUGCACCCAUCUCGUCAGCACAAAGAAGCCCGACACAAUGGCGUUCUUUGGGCUCAGGCCCCGCCGGACAGAGUCGAGCGACUCGGACCAGCGUAGCAGUAAGCGAAAAGCGUCAGAAGAUGCCGACGGCGGCGCCGAGGAUGAGUGGGAACAGUGGCCGGAGGAGGAGCCCGACCAGUAUGACGUAGACGUGGACAGCGACGCGAAGCCAGGCACGGAAGAAGAAAGCCCCCAUCGGAGGCACGGUAAAGAGGUGGUGCCGAAUCCUAAGAAGAAAGACGCGCCGCCGCCGGAGGAGCUGUGGGACUGUCCGAUCUGCAGCCGGCCGCAGCCGGCCGACGAGAGGCAGUUCAACGAGCAUAUCGAUCUGUGCCUAUCGAGGCAGACGAUCCGCGAUGCGGUGCAGGAGGACAUUGGGGGGUCAUCGUCCGCAGCAGCAGCAACGACGAGCCGGGGUACGACUCCCGAGGCGUCGUCGAAGCGAAUCAAGACGGGCGGCGCGGAGAAGAAACGCGGCCGGCCUGCUGCGGCAGCAGAUCCGCGACAGAAGAAGCUAAGUUUUGGAUGA